AUGACUUAUAGGUGCAGUGCUUCUAAAGCUCCACCUUCAAUAGGACAACACAAGCCGCAUGCCUUUCAUCAACGGCGUCGAUUUGAUUUGACGGAAAUUGUGGACUCUGGCCAUCGAGCACAUUCGUAUGUUGCUGCUUGUUGGAAGUUGAACGAUGCCAGCUCGACAGCAUCAAUAAAGCACGGACCAUCCAAUCAUCGGAGCAUGCUCCACCUACUACCACCGACAACCCCACCGCGACGAAGAAAGAUGAUUGGCCAUCGCCGCAGGGUCGAGGAUGAAGGCGAGGAGGACGGUGGCGUCGACCAUUUGGACGUGGACGAUGACUCGCUGACCGAGGGCUCGCUAGCCUCGGACGACCACGACCCGGCCGACGAUAGCGAUACUAGCAAUAUCGACGAGGCCUCUCCGACGUCACCCGCUGUCAGGAAGGCCACUGGCCGUGCGAACAAUGGCAACGGGGCGGCAAAACGUGCGAAAGCUCCAGCCAGUGCAGAUGCCGCGAAGCCGGCCAAGCUUGGUGCCGCGGCAGACACGGAAUUCAUGCUGAACCGUCUGUCCAUCUCGGACCAGCAGCCACCCGAGUCGGUGAAAGAGAUGGACUUGGACAACGCCGCCGAGUCCGAGUCUCCCUCCAAGUCCUCGGCUCCCAUUGUCGUAAGCUCGAGCUCUGCUGUCAUGGACCAGCCGCAAGGUGCUCCUCAGGAAAGACGCCGCCGCGAACACGAUGAAUACCGGCGGAAGCGGGACGAGGACCCCUCUUUCGUGCCCAACAGAGGCGCCUUCUUCAUGCACGACCACAGACAUGCCGGCCCUGCGGCCAAUGGCUUCCGUCCUUUUGGGAGAGGAGGCCGUGGGGGAAGAGGUCGCGGUGGUGCUAUCGGAGGUCCAUUUACGCCCUUUAGCCAUCAACUUCACAAUCCGGCCGAUCCCAUCACCAAUUCGCCAUGGGCCCAUGACAUGCACGAAACGGUCGCCGCUGAGCCCAUCCAUUUUCGGCACCCACGACACAUUGCCCCAUUGGCCGACGAUGGGCCGCCCAACGGUGAUGGCUUUAUCCCGACCUGUCCAUCCAACUCAACACCCAUCAAUAGAACCCUUUCAACUGAGAAGCGCCUGGGAAAUGUCCAGAUUCGGGUGUACAUACCGCCGCUGAAGGAACCUAUCGUCUUCUCGGGCAUCCCCAUAAAGCAGUACACAAAGCUACCCGACCACCGUCCACCCCUGCGUCGGGACAAGCCCGUCCGCAUCUCGUUGCCCAACUUCGCACCUCGCUACAUCUUCCCGGCGACCGACAGGUCCUUCAUCUUCAUCCCCCGGGCCAUGCGUCCUAAUCAGCAGCGCAUGAGAGGUAAGCCUAGGUCUGGACUUGGUUCCAUCGGAGGCUUCUCUCGGCGGACAAGCGUCUUUGGAGGUAGUUACUACAAUGGCAGCAACUACUCCCCGAGCAUUGCCCUCAGUCGGCGAUCGUCAAUUGCUCCUGAUAUGGGGCGGGACUUCAUCGUUUCUCCAACAGGCUCCGCUAUUUCUCGUCCGCCGAUGCCCUUGGAUGCUCCUCGACCCGUGGUCAGGCUGCCUCCUCGAGUUGAGCCGCAGCUGCCUGCUGUUAACGGUACACCAGGAGAGGGGCCACCUGCUUUUGGGCAGACUGCCAUCAACGAGCUGCCCCAGCCGCAGACACACCCUCUGCCACAGAAGCCGACCUUCCAGGAAAACAAAUCGGUACCGAUCCCCAUGCACCAGCCUCGGCCUCAGAAAACAGUAUCACUGGAAAAUAUUGAGUCCCCCACGAUGCAGCAGCAUCCUCAAUCCUACCAACAGGCAUUCCAUCAUCAGGUGCCCGUGCAGGUAUCCAACGGGUUCGGCCAGGAAUCUCAUGCUUGUCACCCAUCCUAUCCCUCACACCACUCGACAGGAACUCCACUUUCGCAGAUCCCGGAGCGUGCUAUUCACGCCGCUCCGUUCCAGCCUACGCAGUACUCUCAGCAGAGCUUUUAUCCGCCAUACCAGGUGAUGCCGUCUCAACAGAACUUCUACUACCCACCACCUGCCCCUUAUGCUGCCGGAGCGCCUCCUUUUGUUCCUGGUGCACAACAAGGACAGCCUCAGAAUGAUGCCAACCAGGCUAACAGCCAGACCGCUUCGGGCUCUAAUCUGGUUGCGCAAGAGGUCAAUGGCAUGGUAUACUACUACGACGCUACUCAGCUGCCUCCUCCACCACCACCCCCGCCGAUGGCAGCUUACCCUCCGUACUCAGCACCACAAGGAUAUCCUGCGCCUGGCGGAGUCAUGAGCUUGAACGGCAUUGUUACACCUAGUCCGGACGGGUUCUAUUACCCCCAACCUGGAGUUUACUAUCCGCAAUAG